AUGGUAUUUUCUCUCUGUUUUUUUUUUUUCUUUCUUCUUUCUUUGCUGUCUGGACACAAUUCCCCACAACAACAACAACACACACGCGUAUAUGCACAUACACAUACUUGCACAUACCCACGAAAAGUCAAGGAGUUGCUGGAAGGAAUGACGGGAGUAGGAGGAGGAGUGCCCUUCGGGGAUUUUCUACGGGAGGUAGGGCAUGGCAUUGACACCCACACCUCGAGAAUGCGAGAGGACAUUCUUCUUCUUUUGUCGCCGUACAUCGGGGAGCAGCUACGGCUCAUGAGGGAGUCACUGCGGGCCGAAGCGGAGCGCCGAGAGCAGGUCCUGAUGGAUGAGAAGCGGGAAAUAGAGGCCUCACUUAUCGUUGCUGAAGAAAAUAUUCAAAAGCAGAAAAAAUUGGUGCAGGCUUUGGCUCUGACUUUGGGUGACGCCCAUAAAAGGUUGUGGUGGCGGCGCCGAUUCCGUGAUUGGCUGGACUGGAUCUUAAAGAAACGACAACAACGUCAACUCUGCAGGACAAUGAUUCAAACUGGAAAUGUGAUGCGAAAGUACCAUUUUUACGUACAGUGGCGCCUCUUUGCCGCGUCCCGCAGACAACGUAAGCAUGCGCUUGCCGAAGAGUCACGCUGGAGCCGUCGUGAGGCAGAGCUACUGGCAGAAGCAGAGGCGUUGAAAGGGAUUGUGGAGGAGGAGCGACGUCGAAGUGAUGGCCUGGAAGAAAAGAUGAAGGCGGCUUUUGUUCGGGGUGUAUGCGCGUUGAACAAGGAAGCCGUACAGGUGCUUAGAGGGGCGCAGACCGUGGAGGAAGAGGUGGAGGAAUCGAAAGGCGUGCCUCCACGACUGUAUGACGCCCGGACAGUGCGUCUGCCGUCAGCACGCACGAGCCACACGCCUAGUACCACAGCCCGAUUUGAGGGCCCACCCAUUCAAAAAACGACGACGGCAACGACAGCACCGGCGGCGACAGCAACGAUUACACCAAUUGGCCCAGUUUGCAGCCAAGAGGGAUAUUCUUAUCAGUACACUGGAGUGCCGCAGCAGGCCUCUUCACAGGCGACGUGCCCAGUACAUCACUUUUGUCCACCUGGACCGCCCUGCCAUGUUUGCUACGCACCCGAUACAUGUGCAUAUAAUGUAAGAUCAUCACCGCAUCAGCCCUUUGUUGUGUCGGUUGAUCCAUCCGCGGUGCGCAGCUACGGUGACACGCCUGCUUCUCAACGGCCACCGCACGUAGCGCGUCGGCCUGGGAGGACGGAGCGACCACGCGUUUCCCGCUGA